GAGUCAUCAUCAUCACGAUUUGAUGUUCCCGAUCGCUCCAAAGGAAAAGACAUGUAAACUUGACGUGGAAAGGAAUAUGGCUACUGCAGGCUGACGAAGAAAGCAGCCAAACCUGAAACCACCCUCCCAAUCAAGACCAACGGGGAUCCCAAUUCCCAGUCAGCAAACAGAGAAACAGGAGAGAAAUCAAAUCAAAUUAAUAAAAGGAAGGAACUCCCCAACCCAACCCAACCCACCCGAAGACGGAACGGAACAGAAGCAGCCGGCGUGGAGGAGAACAUGGGGUGGGCAAUCGCUCUUCAUGGCGGCGCCGGCGACAUUCCACGCUCACUUUCCCCUGACCGCCGCCUCCCUCGCGAGGCCGCUCUCCGCCACUGCCUCCAACUCGGCGUCUCCGCUCUCCAAUCCCACGCCCACCCUCUCGACGUCGUCGAACUCGUGGUUUGCGAAUUAGAGAACCACCCGCAGUUCAAUGCUGGAAAGGGAUCGGUGUUGACCACUGACGGGACAGUUGAGAUGGAAGCCUGCAUCAUGGACGGCAAAACUAUGAGGUGCGGAGCUGUCUCUGGGCUAACCACUGUUGUCAACGCCGUAUCGGUGGCGAGGCUAGUCAUGGACAAGACUCCUCACAUUUAUCUUGGGUUCCAAGGUGCAGAAGCUUUCGCUAGGGAACAUGGGCUAGAGACUGUGGAUCCAAGUCAUUUCAUUACUCCGGAAAAUAUUGAGAGGUUGAAGCAGGCAAAAGAAGCCAACAGAGUCCAGAUUGAUUACACACAACCCAUAAAACAAGAUGAGAAGAGUGAAGUUCUGGCUGCUAAUGGUGGCAGUGGAGAUAGCCAAAUUGGAACGGUGGGGUGUGUGGCAGUUGAUAGGGAUGGGAACUUAGCAACCGCAACUUCGACAGGCGGGCUUGUGAACAAAAUGGUGGGAAGGAUUGGGGACACCCCAGUCAUAGGUGCAGGGACCUACGCCAACAGCUACUGUGCGGUUUCCGCCACGGGGAGAGGGGAAGCAGUGAUUCGUGCUACUGUUGCUAGAGAUGUUGCUGCUCUUAUGGAGUAUAAGGGCCUGUCUCUCCAGGAAGCGGCAGCUUAUGUCGUGGGCGAGCGUGUUCCUCAAGGCACUGCUGGCUUGGUGGCUGUCUCUGCCUCUGGGGAAGUCACCAUGCCCUUCAAUACCACCGGCAUGUUUCGAGCCUGCGCCACUGAAGAUGGCUACACGGAGAUCGGAAUAUGGCCCACUGAACAAGAAUGACUCUGUCACAUCUUUUUUAAGGGCUGUGUGGUUUGUUUCAGCUUGUUUUAUACAUUUGGCAUUGAUCAAGGUUAUGUUUUGUGAUGAGUUUGUUAGCACUUGCCAUUGCUUCACAUCUAUCAUCUAUGUGCGCGUUGAGGGUCCUGGGUUGAAUUCAAGGAGGUGGUGGACCACGUAAAAAUACAACAAAUGCAGAUUUUUGGCUGGAAACCUAAAAAAUAAAUAUGAGUCAGUCUUAAAAUGUUUUUACCUUGUUUUGAACGAUUAAGUUUAUAUUAUCAAAGGUUGUGCUAGAAAUUUAAUUGAAGC